GAUUGUAACAUUUCGUUUGACACGCGCUUCGAAUCAUCGAUUCGAGCAAAAGAUUCUAAAUAGAUUUCAAAAUGUUUUGAAGCUUUGUGAAGUAUCGAUUCUAGUAAACUGUUUACAGAUUCUUUGAGAAGCUGCGCAGAUCGAUCGACAUAUGACAUCACAGUAUUGCGAGAGCGACUCGAAGGCACAGCUCUCGCGGUAUUUAUUAUGUCAUAUGCCGAUCGGUCUGCGCAGCGCCAGAUGAAGUCGCAAACAAGAGCGUUUCGAAUCAGUCCAGUGUCUUUAGUCGGUGGACGAUUUUGGUUCUCAGCAAGAUGUUUGAUGGCUUCCUGAUGGAGACUUGUGUGGACUCAGUCGAGUCAGCCAUAAAUGCAGAAAGAGGAGGUGCUGGACGUAUUGAGCUCUGUUCUAACUUACUGGAGGGAGGAACAACGCCCAGCACAGGUCUUUUGCAGAUCGUCAAAGAGAAUGUGAAGAUUCCAGUGUAUGUUAUGAUUCGACCCCGCGGCGGGGACUUCUUGUACUCAGACUGGGAAGUAGAGGUGAUGAAGAAAGACAUCGAUCAGAUGAAGAGACACGGGGCAGAUGGGCUAGUAUUUGGAGCGCUGACAGAAGAUGGACGUGUGGACUCUGAGCUUUGCAUGGAACUUAUGGCAACUUCUCGACCUCUACCAGUUACAUUUCACAGAGCAUUUGAUAUGGUCCAUGACCCAGCGGUUGCCCUGGAAGUGCUUGUCUCUCUGGGCUUUGAGAGGAUUCUGACCAGUGGUUGUGACAGCUCUGCACUUGAAGGUUUACCUGUCAUUAAACGACUAGUUGAACAGGCAAAAGGCAGAAUCAUCAUAAUGCCAGGUGGUGGAAUCACUGAACGAAAUCUUCAGAGGAUUCUUGAAGGUUCUGGAGCUCAAGAGUUUCACUGUUCAGCUCGAUCCAGUAAGGACUCCACUAUGAAAUAUAGAAAUGCAAACGUGAGAAUGGGAGGCUCUCUCUGUGUACCAGAAUAUGAAAUAAAAGUGGCUGACGUGGUUAAAGUGCGUACACUGAAUGCCAUUGCGAAGAACACUCUCUAGGAUAUCCUAUAAGAAUGUCUUUUUAUUUAUUUCUUAACUAAAUCAAACAAUGUCCUGUAGACUCUGGUUAUACUUUUGUAUAUAUACACGGGUAUUUUCAUGCCAGAAAGGUUUUGUAAGAACUGUAAAUUAGUGUCUGUGUUGAUCUCUGUCAAAAUCAACAGCACUGCUUAACUUUUUUGCUACUUUUGACAUCGUCAGCGGGUUUAUAAUAAAAUCUCCCUGUACCCUUGA